AGAUUAGCGCGCUUUAAGAGUAGUGCGUAACAGAUAGGUGUCGAGUGGAAAUGAGGCAAUUAAAAUGCCCAACUGUCUCUAGAAUGAAAUAGUGCGGUAGAUGUAUCCAUUUUCAAAUGCUGACAGUUAACUUCCCUUAGAACUCGGUCCCUGUCUGUAAAGCUAUUGUUGCUUAAAAUUUUUAAAAAAGUUCAAUUAUGAAAAUUCGUAGUGGGCUGGUUUUGACAGCUUUAGCAUCUCAAAUAUCAUCGGCAUUUGAUGAAUCAUCACAAAAAUAUAGGCUUCGUCAACAUCAAUAUCAUCAUCAGGAUUCAUCGCAUAUUACAGAAUACAUUUGUCGUGCACAAAAAAUGGUGUACAGGUUUAAGGAAAAGGUGGGUUGUCCUGGUAUGUCUGUCUGUGUUUCAUUAUCAGGGAAGAUUAUUUAUCAAGAAGGUGUUGGAUAUGCCAAUGUUGAGCAUAUGGUACCAGUAAAUGAAAAUACAGUAUUUCGAAUAGCGAGUAUUAGUAAGCCGUUUACUUCAUUAUUGGUUGGAAGAUUAUUGGAUCAACACAAGUUAGAUCUUGACGAAGAUAUCCGAUCCUAUUUACCUGAGUUUCCGGAGAAAACAGUCAGUGGAACUUAUGCAAAAAUAACUGUUCGAUCAUUGCUCAACCAUACCAGUGGUAUUCGUAGUUACAAAAAAAUUUCAGAUGAAAAUAAACAAUCAGCGUAUCCAGAAAUGUUAAAUACUGUUCGUUUUAACGAUACAUUAGAUGCUUGUGAUAUGUUUAAAAAUGAUACAUUAGUUCAUGAACCUGGUAUUGAAUACACCUAUAGUACAUUUGCAUUCACUUUAUUAUCAGCAGUUAUUGAAAAAAUUUGUUUAAACAAAGGUAGUUUAUUUGAUCAACCAUUAGCAACAGUUAAAGGUGAAUCAAAAUCAUCUUGUGAAAACGAAGCAAAAUCUACAAACAGUUUACCGAAAUGGGCAAGAUUUGAUACCAAUCUUUUAAGACUUUUUCAAUACCUCAAUUUGAAUAAUACCUGUUUAGAGUAUCCUGAGAAGAUAAUUUCUUCAAGAGCUGCCCAGUAUUGUCGUUCCGAUAAAGGCAUACUUACAAACACUCCCACAAUUGAUAAUUCAUAUAAAUGGGGUGGUGGAGGUAUUCUUUCUACAGCUAGUGAUCUAAUUCGCUUAGCUGAUCAUCUAGCAUUUAUUUAUAUGGGUUGGCUUGAAUCAUAUGGAAUUGUUAAACAGUCUACUUUGAAUCAAUUAUUAUGGAAAGUUUCUUGUGUACCACCAGAUCGAAGUACAUUACCUGGACUGGGUUGGUUUUUAGCCAGUGGCACCGAAUACAUAUGCGCUAUACAAGUCACUUGAUUUGUGUAUGGGCUGUGAUACUGUACGGGUGCUCAGACCGAAGCAGGUGGUUUUCCUGCGGUGCCUUCAACCUAAAGGUCUAGUCAACAAGGCAGUGGAGCAACGUCAGGAGAUGCAGUCCCAUCGUACCCGGUCACCAACAACAGGUUCAUACGCCAUUUGUUCCUUUCAGGAUCCUGGAGCCCACGCGCACCAUUGGUUUGGAAUCAGGGAUUUCCAACUCCCCUAGGUGGACUCUCCGUGUUCAGCAACCUGGUUAAUGCCACCGACUUUCGCUUUUCUAACUUUCAAUUUCUUAGACAACACCCCCGCCGCGAGAAGGCAGUUAGUAGGAUUUCCCUGGCAGUGGCUGCAUACGCGUGGACAUGUGAGAGCACUUCGAAGGGGAGAGCUAACUCUCCCCACUGUCAGCCGUACCAGACGUUCAGGUGAUCCAGCAACUAAAGAAAAUGGAUACCCUGACCGAUUAUAUGCACUGCAUACAGGUGGUGCAGUGGGUGGUACAACUGUUCUUCUUCUUAGUCUCCCUUUGUUAUGUAAUAAUGAUAACAUUCCUAAUAAGACAAAUGAAGGAAACACUUUUUCUACUACGGAUAAUAAUCAUAAUUUCAUUUCAUCUGUACAAAAUAACACUGUGGUAAUAUCUCCAGUGAAUAAAAUAUAUCCAGUAGAUGUUCGAAUAAAAGCAGCCAAUAUUCCGCCAAUUAAUGUGGCUAUUUUAACUAAUUUAGAAAAUGUUUCUGGUAUAUCAGAACUAGCUAUACAUUUAUCGGAAUUAUUUUUGGAUUAUGCUAUAAAAUUAAAAGAAUAUGAAGAUGAUGAAGAAAUAAAGAAAUGUUGAUUCAAGGAGUAUUGAUCAAUUUGAAUAUUACUUUUUUGCUCUCUUUUUGUUUGUUACCUUGUAGUUUUGAUUAUAUUAUCUUUCCUAUUGAAAGGUUUACUGGAUCAUAAUAACAAUAUCUAUGCGUGAUUUGAUAAUAAGUAACAUUUUCUUAUGCAAUUCGAUAAAUUGAAAGAAAAGACAUUUAUCAAUAUCUGACUAAACUAUUUAUUUCUGUACAAAGAAUGAAUAAGACAGUUCACUUGAUGUCAAUAUCCGAAUUUUGUUUGGUCUUCGGGAAUUCUUUUUUGUAAUAGUGAAUGUUUAUUGUCAUAUUAACAUUCGAAAUUCCAUUUAAUUCACAGAUUUUUCUUCAUUUCUUAAAAUAAUUGCAAAUAUUUUGAAAACAAUCGUUUCUGUAUAAUAAAAGGAUACUCGU